AUGUUUUCGCCAGCCGUGGAGCCGACCUACCACUUCAAAGUGCUGGUGCCGUCCAUGGUGGCGGGGGCCAUCAUCGGCAAAGGAGGCGAGACGAUCGCCCAGCUGCAGAAAGACACCGGCGCUAGGGUCAAAAUGUCCAAAUCACAUGAUUUUUAUCCAGGUACAACGGAGCGAGCCUGCUUAAUCACCGGCUCGGUUGAGGGCAUUAUGGUCGUGCUGGACUUCAUCAUGGACAAGAUAAAAGAAAAGCCCGAGCUGGUGAAACCAUUCCCCGAUGGCGUAGACGCCAAGAUGCCACAGGAUAGAGACAAGCAGGUGAAGAUUUUAGUGCCGAACUCGACGGCGGGUAUGAUAAUCGGCAAAGGGGGCAACUACAUUAAGCAGAUAAAGGAGCAGAGCGGCAGCUACGUGCAGAUCUCGCAAAAAGCCAAGGAACUCUCGCUGCAAGAGAGGUGCAUAACGGUCGUCGGCGAAAAAGACAACAACAAGAAGGCCUGCCUGAUGAUCCUCCAGAAGGUGGUGGACGACCCUCAGUCCGGAUCCUGUCCCAACGUGUCGUACGCCGACGUGGCGGGGCCCGUGGCCAACUACAACCCCACGGGAUCUCCGUACGCCGUCGCCACCGCUGAGGUGACAGAGAGUCACGGCUUGAGCGGGACCGUCGGCGGAGUGGGCGGCGCGGUCGGCGGCGUGGGCGGAGUGGGCGGCGUGCUAGUGAACGGCAGCGGCCUCGGCGGAGUUUCGCUACAGCUGUCUCUGGCGCCGCCGGGGACUCAGCCGCCCAGCCCGCUGACACAGCACACCCUGGACCACAUCAAGGUGGCGCUGCGCCAGGCCGGCUACUCGGAGGCGGGCAUCUCGGAGAUCGGCGCGGCGCUGUCCCUGCUGGUGAAGCACGGCGUGCUGGGGCUGGCGCUGCCUCCGGCCCUGCCGCACCCCCCGGCCCUCUCGGCCGCAUACUUCCCGCUCUCGGCCCAGGACUCGAACGCCGUCUUCGGCCCGCUGUCGCAGGUCUCGCUCGCGGUGGCGCCCAUUUCGCUGUCGGGCGGCGGGGUGGGCGUGGGCGGCGUGCCGGGCGGCUUCCCGGGCUCGCUGCUGCCGCUCUCCAAGAGCCCCACGCCGGCCGACGCGGGCGCCAAGGACUCCAAGAACGUGGAGAUCGCCGAGGUCAUCGUCGGCGCCAUCCUGGGUCCGGGCGGUCGCAGCCUGGUGGAGAUCCAGCAGAUGUCCGGGGCGAACAUCCAGAUCAGCAAGAAGGGCACCUUCGCCCCGGGCACCAGGAACCGGAUCGUCACCAUCAGCGGCUCCCAGACCGCAAUUUCGUCGGCGCAGUUCCUCAUCGAGCAGAAGAUCCAAGAAGAGGAAAUGAAGCGCACGCGCCAUAACGCCAUCUCCACGCUCAUGCAGUGA